GAAACCCUACAGCUGGGCAGAGGCAGCGGGAAUCUUGGAGCUCGGAGGGUGCCCGGCGUUCCGGGGCCAUCCCUGGCAGAGCAUCCCGGGAGCAGCAUCCCGGGAGCAGCAUCCCGGGAGCAGCAUCCCGGGAGCAGCAUCCCUGGCAGAGCAUCCCGGGAGCAGCAUCCCGGGAGCAGCAUCUCGGGAGCAGCAUCCCGGGAGGAGCAUCCCUGGCAGAGCAUCCCGGGAGGAGCAUCCCGGGAGCAGCAGCCCGGGAGGAGCAUCCCUGGCAGAGCAUCCCGGGAGGAGCAUCCCCGGCGCUCCCCUGGCAGUGCGUGCGCAGGGCAGGGCAGGGCAGCCGGGCGGGGAAGGGCUCGUUGCCCCCGCGAGUCCCUGGCGGUGGGAGCCGCUCCCUCCUGUCCCCGCGGCCCCUCGGAGCCCCCCCGGGACCCGGCGCUGUCCCGCUCCCGGUGCUGGAGCCGGUCCCGCGUUCCCGGCGCUGGAGCCGCCCGUCCCCGCCCGCGGGAGCCGGAGGGAUCCGGGGGAGGAAACUUGGCCCCCUCCCCUCCCUUCCCUUCCCCUCCCCUCCCUCCCAGCAUCAGGCGAGGCAGAGAGGGAAGCGCUGCGGGAAUUUCGCACCCCGCGGGCAGCCGAGGGAGCCGGAGUGGGAACAGGUUGUUGGGAUCGCGCCGCGGGAGGAAAAGGGGCGGCUCUGAGCGCCGGCUCAGCCGGGUCUGGGCUCCGGGAGAUGGAGACGGAGCUGCUGCUGUUCCAGCCGGCGAUGCGCUGAGCGAGAUGGACAGCGGGUCCCUGCCGAGAUCGCCUCUUCCCGGGAAGCUGAGCCGCUUCCCGAGCUCCUGAAGUUCCAGCAGUCGCCAGCUCAGCCUGGGGUUACACAAGUUCCACCUGCACCGGUCCCGGCUGGCGGGGAUCGGGCAGGUGAUUCUUUCUCUUUUUUUUUGCUCCUCUGCUCGUGCGUGAACGCCGAACGCCAAAAAGUCUGCUCGGAGGCCCUGGAGAGCUUGGGAAAAGCCACGGUGGAGAGUUGUGGCGUUUUGGAUUUAUUUGGCACAAAGUGCUCACACUUCUGCUCGAGGGAUUCGUAUGGCUUGAAGGGCGGAGCCGGAGCCUGGCACUCUGACCUCCAUGGAUCCCCUAAACCUCUCCUGGUACGAGGGUGACAUCGGUGACAGGAACUGGAGCAGGGCCCUGAACGCCUCCCAGGCUGAGCAGAAGCCCCAGUACAACUACUAUGCCAUGCUGCUCACCCUGCUCAUCUUCGUCAUCGUCUUCGGCAACGUGCUGGUGUGCAUGGCCGUGUCCCGGGAGCGAGCCCUGCAGACCACCACCAACUACCUGAUCGUCAGCCUGGCCGUGGCAGACCUGCUGCUGGCCACCCUGGUCAUGCCCUGGGUGGUCUAUCUGGAGGUGGUUGGUGAGUGGAGGUUCAGCCGGAUCCACUGUGAUAUCUUUGUGACCCUGGAUGUCAUGAUGUGCACUGCCAGCAUCCUCAACCUCUGUGCCAUCAGCAUAGACAGGUACACAGCAGUGGCCAUGCCCAUGCUCUACAACACCCGCUACAGCUCCAAGCGCAGGGUCACCCUCAUGAUCGCCGUGGUCUGGGUGCUCUCCUUUGCCAUCUCCUGCCCGCUCCUCUUUGGCCUCAACAACACAGAUGCCAAGGAGUGCAUCAUUGCCAACCCUGCCUUCGUGGUGUACUCCUCCAUCGUGUCCUUCUACGUGCCCUUCAUCGUCACCCUGCUGGUCUAUGUCCAGAUCUACCUCGUGCUGCGGCGCCGCAGGAAGCGCGUCACCACCAAGCGCAGCAGCCACGUCCUGGACUCGGACACACAGGCCCCCCUGAAGGACAAAUGCACUCAUCCAGAAGACGUCAAGCUCUGCACAGUUAUUGUGAAGUCCAAUGGGAGCUUCCAAGUUAAUAAGCGCAAAGUGGAGGCAGAGAGCCACAUGGAGGAGAUGGAAAUGGAGAUGGUGUCCAGCACCAGCCCCCCUGAGAAAACCACCUUCAAACCCACAGCACCCAGUAACCGCCAGCUGGUCGUGCCAGUUGCCUCCAACAGGGGCAACAACUCCACCCUGCAGACAUCCCUGAACAGCCCUGGGAGGGUGGAGAAGAAUGGCCAUGCCAAAGAAACCCACCACACAGCCAAGGUCUUCGAGAUCCACUCCCUGCCCAACGGCAAGACCAGGAACUUCCUCAAGGCUGUGACCAGGAGGAAACUGUCCCAGCAGAAGGAGAAAAAGGCCACCCAGAUGCUGGCCAUCGUCCUUGGUGUUUUCAUCAUCUGCUGGCUCCCCUUCUUCAUCACCCACAUCCUGAACAUGCACUGCGAUUGCAGCAUCCCCCCGGCCAUGUACAGCGCCUUCACAUGGCUGGGCUACGUCAACAGCGCUGUCAACCCCAUUAUCUACACCACCUUCAACGUCGAGUUCCGCAAGGCUUUCAUGAAGAUCCUCCACUGCUAAAAGGCAAAAAAAAAAAACUAAACAGCAGCAGCGUUUUUAAGGGGGGAAAAAAAAAACCAAAAAAACAAACAAAACAAAAAAAAAAGGAAGGAAGAACCCCCCCGUGCCAGUUCACGCACGCCGAGGGGCGGUCGCCGAGGGGGCUCGUGUGCUGGGCGUGAGGCCCCCGGGGUGACAGCAGUGCCAUGCCCACGCCUCGCUGGGGGUGCAGGGGGGAGGUCCCCUCGUCCCUCGGGGUGACCUUUGGGGCAGCAGUCCCACCAGGGCACUUUUCAGAGCUGCCCUCGCACUGCGCUCCGAGCGGAGGCAACGCUCGCCUGAUUGCUGCCCGUGGCCAUCCAGCCUCGGGGGCAUUGGACACAGACAGUCUCAGAGCCACGGGGAGGUAGUGGUGGGUCUCUCCACUCUCACCAAAGACAAGACCAUCUUUUCCGCUUCGCAACAGGAGCCAGAACCAGGCAGAGCUCGCGGGAGCUCCACGCAGCAGCUUUGCCUUCGCCUCGAGCCGACCUACCCAGUGUCAAACUGCUGAAGCCUUCGGAAAAAAUCCCCACCAACACUUUAAGAGGUCCCCAAGCGGGUCAAGAAGGUUCUGCCACCCACAGACCCAACCCUGCAGCAGUGUGGGCCUCCAAGCCGUGGGCAGAAGGAAGGAGGAGGUGUCAGUCUCACGUCUGGCCACUACAGAGGUGUAAAUAUGAAUAAACAGGAGGAACUACGGGAGCCCAAGCCAAGGAAAAAAAAAAGGAGAGAGAAACUCGAGAAGUGGUAGCUUGUCUUGCAUGGUGUACAUCAAACAGGACACCCUCAUCUCUCAUCAGCAGUGAUUUCUGCCCACCAGCACCUCAUGUCCAGUCUCUCAGCAGGAUUCCCAGCCCGGGGCAGUGGUGCCGUGGGGAAUGUAGACACCCCAGGACAGGGUGCCCCGGGAGGCACCUGCAGCCCUGACCCCCCCUCAGGUGGGAGCUUGAACAAGUCAGCCAAGUCAGGUCUGGCUCUUCUCACCUCCAUCAGGGUGCCACAGAGCCCAGCACCACCUCGGGUCUGAUUUGCCUCAGUCUCUCAGCAGAGAGUGCAGAAUAACGUUGUGCCUAAUUUAAAUUAACACUGAAGGAGAUAAAACUGUGUGCUUUGGAAAAAGCCAGAAUAAAAACCCAAGAAAGCCCCUGCCUGGACCAGCUCCUGUGUCCAAGUUGGACUCUGGAAAAGGUCUGGAUGUUCCCAGCAUCCCUUACUCUCUGAUACCUAUUUUUCCAUGGAUUAUAGGAAUUGAAAACCCAUAACAGCAUAAUUCCACCCCACUGAGUCUGGCAUUGCCAAAUCCACACUGCACUUACUAAUUGUACUCAGUUCACAGUAUGUUUUGCAAUAUCUCUGUAAAUAAACCAUAGCAAGAGGAAUAAAAGGACACAGAAAUAG